UGACAGCCCUAGAAGAAAGCCUGACGAGCUUCGCAGGCGGCCGGGAAUUUAAUGAGACGCAGGCGUGAAAAAUAUUCAGUGCCAAAUCGGAGCGUGACCCUCUUUGUUCGAAGAACCCUGAUCUCAACCAAUCAAAAACAAAAUGUCUCUGGACCAGGAAUUCAAGUCAGUCUCCGACUCCGUCAGGAACUGGAAGACCAGGCCUUCAGACAGCGAGAACCUGGCUCUCUACUCCUUGUACAAGCAGGCAACUAUUGGUGACGUUAACAUUGCGGAGCCAAGUGGCGUGGUAGAAAGCGCCAAGUUCAAGGCAUGGACCGGACGCAAGGGCAUCGCCCAGGAUGCCGCCAAGCAGCAGUACAUCGACCUAGCGAAACAGCUGGGUCCCAAAUACGCUUAAUUUAGAGGUUAUAUUUAUAAGUACAUAUUUAUAUGUAAGCUAUUUUAUUACAUAAUUAUUUGGUA